ACAUUUUUAUAGUAAAAAAAUUAUGACAAGCGAUUUUCUCAUCUCUGUUUCUGCAGGAUAUGUACCUUUUGGAACAGUAACGGUUGUAGGAAUGCUGUUACCAGCACCAUCUUUGAGGACUGUAAUAUUUUGGCAGUGGAUGAACCAAAGUCACAAUGCCGCAGUGAACUACUCCAAUAGAAAUGCAAGCAAGCCAACACCAACCAGCAGAUUCGUGUUGAGCUACUUUGGGGCUGUUACAAGUGCGGUCACAAUUGCUCUAGGAUUGACUACACUGGUUAAAAGAGCAAAGAUUUCCAAUUCUUCAAUCAAAGCCUUACUUCAACGAUUAGUGGCCUAUCCUGCUACAGCAACUGCGAACAUCUGUAACGUGGUCCUGAUGAGGAACCACGAGCUAUUUACGGGAAUUGAAGUGAAAGACAAAGAGGGAAAUGUUGUGGGAACUUCAAAAAUAGCAGCUCGAAAGGCCGUGUUUGAAACAACUCUGACACGAAUCCUUCUUCCGUUACCUGUUUUGGUUAUUCCACCAUUUGCCAUGCAGCUUUUAGAAAGGACGAAGUUCAUGGUAUCACGUCCCAGACUCCACCUUCCCGUUCAAGCGCUGGUUUGUGUUGCAGCUUUUGGCUUUGGUCUUCCUCUGGCAAUCGCGCUCUUUCCUCAAACAUCUGAGGUUUCACCGGCUGAUCUCGAACCAGAAAUCCAAAUGAUGACAAAAGAGACCAAGCUUUUCUACAACAAAGGACUUUGAAAUCUACCAACAAUGAAAUGUAAUAGGUGUUUUCUUGAUUUUAAUCAACAAUGUAAAACUUGAAAGGAAAGGGUGGUCAGUUAUUGGUUCCGAACUCAGUAAUAUUUGUACUUAGGUUAGGGACAAAAAAAAUUUGUACAUAAGUAUUAAAGUCUGAUCUUAGAGCUCUUUGAAA